AACCAUUAGUAAUAAGAUACACAUAGACUAUUACCAAGAAAGCGUAUAUGAAGAUAAAAUACCUGUUUAGACCAAACAUUAAAUUAUACUAGAAUGGGAUGGUUUAAAGCACUAGGAACAAAUUAGAUACACCUAGAAAUGGCAAUGUAAACAUCCAAAUAUAAGAAACAAGAACGUUAGAUACAGAUCAAACUCUAAUAAUAGUUGAUUUCUUAAAGCUACUUGAUAUAUUAUUGAAAAGAAUGCUAGAACAAAUUUAAAAAGCAAAAAGGUUUAUAAAUAUGAGUUGUAUCUUUAAUAAAGGUUAAAAGUUGAGCAAAAAUGAACAAUUCAAAGAAACUAAAUAGAAAUAUAAAGAAAAUUCAAUGCAUAUGUAAAGAACUCAACAAUUCUCAUGUAAGUGUAAGUGUAAAGAAUAAUAGUAUACUUGAAUAUAACCCGAAGCACAAACUAGAAAAAGGUGGGUAUUUCUCUAGUAACUAUUAAAUAUAAAAAUAAAAAAUAGUUCCAGAAAAUUAAGCCAAGACAAAAUUCUAUUAAAUAACUAUUAAUAUAGUUGAAAUUCGGGUAGCCUAUAGGAUAUUUUUAGUUUAGAAAUAUGUG